UGUGCCUGGCGGUUGGACCAUUAGUUUAACACGUGCAGAUAUGAAAUUAACAAUGUCAAAUUUUUCAGUAAUGAAAAAUUCACAUGAAUUAUCGAUAAUUAAUGUUGGGAAUUUUAGCAAAACAUCCGUUUGUACAAAAAUAUUGUUCACUUUUUAAUUGCUGAUACGUUUUCAGGUAUACGAGGACAGCAUGAUUCCGCUGAUUGCCCAGACACUCUCCAAGAUGCUUCAAAUAACUGAAGAUGACAUCAUGUUCCAGUUUGGGGGACAUUUCAUGACGUUCGUAUCAAGUUAUGGUUACGACCAAAUUACGAAAGUUCUCGGAAGAAGAAUCUGCGACUUUAUUAACAGUUUGGACAACUUGCAUGAUUACAUCAGCAACUUGUAUAAAGACAUCAAACCUCCGAGUUUCUACGUAGAGACGGAGGACGAUAAGGGUUUGACCUUCCACUACAACACACCAAGGAAAUACUUUGGUUAUAUUCAUUAUGUAAGAGGGUUGGUGCACACGGCUGCUAUAAUGCAUUACAAUCUGCAUGAUUCUGUUGUCGAAGUUGUAAAACAAGAAAUGUUGGGAGAAGUAAUGCAUGGAAUAAUAAGAAUCAAAUUUCAAAACGGGUCAGUUGGUAAACAAGGUGCGUGGAUGCCAGCUUUGGCCAAACUACGAUCGGUCACCCCGGUCAGCGUGAACAGCGAUGUAGUUCUCAACUCAUUCCCAUUCUCAAUUAUAUUUGGCGAGGUAAGUCGUGUGUGAAUCAUUUUCACGUAAUUGUUGAUAGGAUAAAAAACAUCUUGGUUUG